AUGAUAUUCAGAGCUGUAAUCCACUCCAAUCAAACCGUGGGCUCGUAUCGUCUCAUCAUUGAACCCGUUGAACUCCGUGUUGACCUCAGCCGACCUGUUGACCCCAACGUAGCUGCUGUGACUCCACUCAGGGUCACUGCAAAUCUGGAAAUAGUGCAGAUCAAUAUAGGAGAACAAGACAUUGUGACAAUCUUGGCGACGCUGAGCGAUAACCUGAUGGCGCCCCCUAGGGUUGUCGCAGAAGCAAUGAUUGAAGAAACCAUGGUUACCACCGAGGCAGAAGUUCAUGAAAGUCUUCCAGGUACCAGUGCCACUCCACCGGUCCCUACACCCACUCCUCCUCCCAAGGACACCAAGCCAAGGAAGACCAUGUUCAUUCAGUUUGUGAUGGAUGGAGCUGAGUUGGAGUUCUAUACCAAUGAACAAAGAUUGCAAAGGAGUGGAAAGGGCGUAUCUUCCCGUGACCCGAGGAACGGUCUGUCUCGCUUCAGACUCCAUCAGGUCAACGGAUCAGCGUCUGCCUACAGUACUGGAGCCAUGAACGUCACGGCCUCCGUACUAACAAUCACCCUUGAAGACAUUCGACCAAACAGCCCUCUUGCUAUCAGACAGUUACUCCUGAAGAGCAGUAGGAAGGUUCGUCUUCGUACCUCUGCUGCUCCAGGGAGCCCUCCAUCCCCCAAGGUGACCCCCAUGAUAGAGUUCACAUACACUCAGGAUGAAAACCAGCUACAAACCUUUGACUUCAUCAUAGAAGGUGUGAGAGUGAACAUCUUUGUGCACUAUCUACUGGCCAUCUAUAACUUCCUCAGUAGUGCGUUGACCCAGAGCAAGCUAGAGUCACCGCUCAGUCCCAGCGGUGGACAGACAUCCAGACAGACAUCUAGGACACUGUCGGUGCAAGGAGGUCCAGUCGGUCAGAGCGUGAGUCAGUCAGAGGGCUUGAACCUCAGGGCUGCGACCCCAGCUAAACCCACCUCUAGGUCACUACAGGUCAAAUGCCAGCUGCGGAGGCCAGAGGUGGUGCUGUUUGAUGACCCAACCAGUCAGAAUAGCCAAUGUCUUGUCCUUAGGAGUGUGGGUAAAUUUGCCUAUAAGAGCAGUGAAUCUGGACAGCAGGUAGUUGCCAACUUGGAUAAAGUACAGGUCUUUUCUUGCGUCUACUCCCAAGCAAUGAGGACAGCUUAUCAGGUGCUUGAACCUUGUGCGGUGACCUUUACCCGGGUCACGACCCCUGACCAGGGUGACCUGAUGACCGCUGACCUGACUGAUGUAUGUCUUCAUGUAUCACCGAGAGUCGUUUAUGUCGUCAGGGGGGUAUCCGAGGCCCUUACAUCCGUCACACAGAAACCUGCCAGUAGCCGACAGCUCCUUGAAGAUUAUGAGCAUGAGGAUCUAUGGGGUCCUAAACCAAUCUUCUCUCACAGCUUCCAUAAAAGGAAAGGGAGUAUGAAGAACAUGGUAGACUUUGCCCCACCUACUGAACCCACCACCACACCCAGGCAGAAGCUGACUGUCCAGCUGCCCAGGUUUGAGGCCUUCAUGGAGCUAGAGGAAUCUCUGGACCAUGUGGCCCUGCUGAGGCUGACCUGUGGUUUCCAUGCUUCUGUCAUUGACUGGUCCUUCAAUUUGAGAGCCGAGGCUGAGAUGCAUCUUGGUAUGACAUCCUUCAAUGAGAAGCUUUCAGUGUGGGAGCCCAUCAUCGAACCUGUCAUGGCAAAAGAGGGGGAUUACAGACCAUGGGAAGUCACUGCAAAGUUGACGCGGGCAGAGAGUCACCCGAUCAAGUGUUACAGCAUGUGUGAUCGGAGCCCUGAUGGUCCGAGGGACAGUGUCGAUGGUGGUAUCCAGCUGGUCCACACCCCUGGUUCCUACCCGGUGACUGAGACAGACUCUGACAGCGACACGACCAGUGAGACAGAGCUGGAGUGGGAUGGACAUUACAGCAGUAGCUUCCUCAGCAGCGACAUUGCAAGCCCUCAGGACGAAGACAGGAACCCACCGACGGAGAGCAAGUCUGAGAACGAAGAUGAUGAUGAAGACGAGGGAGGAUUCUUCAACAAGGUGGAGAAUAUCUUCAGGGACAUAUUCACGAGUGAUUCGGAGGAAGAGGAGGAGGCUGCUGGAGGAGGUAGAAGUGAAACGGAUGGCGGUAGGAGAAUGGAGUUGGCUCUAUCAGCAGGAGUGAAUACAGGGCAGUCAGAUAGUGGCAUAUCAUCAUCGGCAAGGAACUCAAACUCACUAGCUGGCUCGGAACCAAGAGAUGAAAUGGAUAGCGAUACAGAGGUCACCGAUGUGGAGACGAUGGCCAACUACAUCAUCGUGAACUCACAGGACAAACUCCAAGUGACGGUGACCCCUGUCUCACUGGGGAUCGUGAAGGACCUUGCUGAGGCUUUCAGUACAGUCCCAGAACCACAGCUACAGAUAAUGAGGAGUAUACCAGAAGCAUCCACUCAAAUAGUCAACACAACAGGCUUGAAUGCAAGACUACUAGUGCCUUCAUCUUUCAUUGAGAAUGCAGAGUCUGUGGGUAUCAGCCUUGUACCCAUCAAUGGGGGACUGGUGGCACCCAGCAGGGCCAACCACCAGCCCCUCACACCAGAGGAGACCCACGGGGUCGACGCCCCUGAUACAGCCUCGCCCGAUCCCGAGGAUCCCUUAGAAACAGAGGGGCUUGAUGACUUAGAGGAGGUGGUUCGGACUUCCAAGUACUGCAAGGAAAAGUCACAUGUCUCUUGCAUUUCAGCAGACGAGACAGACAGCGGUGCUCAGGAUGUCAAUCAAAAUGGAGUCACGCUAGAGGUCGAUGGAUUCCGAUCCCUGACUAAUCUGAUUCCUGCUAUUGCCGGCACUUCUCUUUAUCCUCUCUCUCCUUCUAACUCUCAGUCUGACAAGAUCUAUGGGAUUGUACGUGAGGUUGAGAUCAGCCAUGGUAAAGAGAGAAUCAAACUCAGAUCACCCCUUCAGGUAGCCAACCACUGCUUGGUAGCAGUGCAGCUGUUCUACAAGAAGCUUGAUCUGCAGACCCUCCAUGGGGCCAUCAUACCAGGGUUGGAUGAAGAAGAGUUCACCAGUCUUGGUAUCAUCCAGCCGGAGGAGGUGAUGGACAUACCGGUCAUCGUGGCCUACCAUGCGGGCAUCUAUGCAUGUCCAGUAGACCAGGGGUAUGGUGUGAGUGAGAAGCCCAUCCUGUGGAAGGAUCUACAGGAACCGGCCGAGAUGUCCUACCUCUGCCCACCGAGCAAGAGAGGAGCGCUUCCACCAUUCUACUUCAAGGUGAAGAGGAAAGACGAGAAGAUCCCUCGCCCAGAGGGGUUAGAAGAUGCCCCCUGUUACACCCUCAAUCUCUACCCACCGGUCACGUUACAUAACUACCUCCCCUAUGAUGUCGUCUACACCCUAGAAGAAACAGGUCUGAAGUUCUUGUUGAAAGGAGACAAGAUGGCGAUAUACUCCACAGAUCUGUCUGAACCACAAAGCAUGAAAAUUCAGGUCAAACAGUAUCUCUCUGCAAACUGGGAGGGGCAUCUCCCGGUCUCCAGGGAGAUGAAGACAACAGAAUCCAUCACCAUGGCAACCAAGCAGGUUCACUCUGACCAGCGCAAGUACCUGACGCUGUGGGCCCACAGCUCCAGCGAGGGAGGAUCAUGGGAUAUCUUCCUCUACUCGCCGUACUGGUUCGUCAACAAGUCAGAGCUACCAGUUGAAAUAAGGGCAUCUCGAUCAAGGAAGAUCUUCAGCACGCACUCCCUAAGUGAUCCAGUUCUCUUUACGUUCUCAAACUCAAAGAGGAAAAAGGCCAAGUUGAGAGUGUUUGAUUCCAUCUGGUCAUCUUCUUUCUCCUUGGACACAGUAGGGAGCUCAGGGGUCGUGAUCUGUAAGGACGAAGAUCACGACAGAACGUAUCAGUUUUGGCUGGACAUCCGUAUGUCUCACCUACCCUUCACCAAGCUAGUCACCCUCACACCCUACUUCCUCGUACAUAACAAGUCUGACCAGGAGCUGUCCUACGCGGAGGAUGGGGUCAAAGCUGGGGUGUGGGUCAAUAUUAAACCCUCAGAGGUGCUUCCAUUCUGGCCCGGCUCUGAGUCCAUGAAGCUCAUACUACGGAGGUCAACGACCCCUGAUAACCUGAGUUCACGACCUUUCCUGAUAGACAGACCCUGCACCACCGUUCUUAGAAUGGAGAGAGGGACUGGUAUCACAAUUCAAGUUGAAGGAGGUGUUCAAGAGCCUACUACUAUUACAUUCCUAGCAUAUACCUCAGGACAUUCACCAGUCCGGUUAGAUAACCUGUGUGAUGACCUCAACCUUAGAAUCAAUCAAAAGAACAAUGGAAGUCGUCACCUAGUGCGGCCUCACCGCAGUCUGCUGUACACAUGGGAUGACCCCACUGCAGAGAGGAUCCUGAUGUGGAACCUCUACAAUAGGAAUAAGAAGAGCUUUGAAUGCCUAGUUGAGCAGGAUGGUUGGGGUAAGGUGAUGGUGAGCUUAGAUAGUGUAAAUCGAAGCACACUGCCUGGUGAUGGACUCUAUGUAGAGGGAGAUGAUGCAAGUGUCUAUAGCACUGAUGAUGAGGGCGUAACAGAAUCCGAUGGCCUCUUAGAUCACCCUUUGAUGAACAAGAAACAGAGAACAACAAUCUACUGGGUGUCUUACAUGGAUGGGCUUCAGAGGGUCCUGGUCUAUACACAGAGCUCUAGGAUAGCUAGAGCAGCAGCUCAGUCCAACGUCUCCGAGCCGGCCACCCUGGAGUUCCUAGCCUCUCUCCAAGGCAUCGGCGUAUCGUUGGUCAACACUGCCUAUGAGGAGGUGGCCUAUCUGAGUCUGUUCAGCUCCCCAGCCCGCUGGGAGGUGGAGUCUAAGGCUAACAGGUGGAAGGCACUAGGGAUGGAGCUCACAGGGGUUCUAGAGAACGCCUGGAAACACGGACAGGAGGUCAUUGUUGAUGACAAUGGAACGAUACAGGCUGAUCUGAGAGCACAAACCAUAGCCAAGCCAGUACAGGGAGCUCUAAAGAGGAUCCAUAACCCAGGGUUGUGGAUCCACUUCAGGAAGUCAGACCACCAUCAGGGACUGCAUCUCAAGAUACAGAAGAUACAGAUUGACAACCAACUGUUUGAUGCCUACUUCCCCAAUGUACUGCAUGUCAAUGCCUUGCCUAAGGAUGUUCUGAAGAAGACUGGUCCCCGACCAUUUGUUGAGGUGUCAAUUCUCAGAAGACAGAUGCCAGAGUAUGGUGCAGACACUAUCAAGUACUUCAAGGUGCUGGUGCAGGAGGCUAGCUUAAAGGUAGACAAUGGUUUCAUCCUGUCUGUACUAGAUGUCUUCUCACACCUGCAGGAGGAACAGGAUGAGGUGCUGUCGUUGCGUGCGGAUCUGAACUACAUACAGAGUUCACUCAAGGAGACGUCUAACACCAUAUCAAGCAGUACAGCUAACCCAAUCUUCUUUGAGUUCUUCCAUCUGUCUCCACUCAAGUUCAUUGUGAGUCUAUCACUCAGCGGUGAGCCACACAUAACCAGUGAUAAGCCUGGAUCCUUCCAACGUGAUCUAGGGCGUGUCCUUCUAGAGAGCAUCGGCUCAACUCUCACAGAGGUCACGGAGGUAGAGCUCAAACUGGGUUACUUUGAGAGAAGGAAUGCCCUGUUGACGACGGCCCAACUAACAUCUGAGGUUCAGGCUCACUACAUCUCACAGGGGAUCAAGCAAGCCUAUGUGUUCAUUCUAGGAUUGGAUGUGCUAGGGAAUCCCUAUGGGUUGUACAGAGAUGUGAAGGAGGGCAUCAGUGAUCUCUUCUAUGAACCUUAUCUGGGUCUAAUCCAAGGACCAGGGGAGUUUGCGGAGGGUCUGGCCAAGGGUGUGCAAAGUCUACUUGGACAUACAAUAGGUGGAGUAGCAGAUGCAUUUGGAGGUGUAUCCGGCACCCUGGGCAAGGCCCUCUCUGUUCUCUCUUUCGAUGAGGACUACCAGAAGGUCAGUCUCAAAGACACUUGUCGUAUUACAGAUAUAGUUAUAAUGCAUCCUUAUAUUAAUUCAUUACUGGUUUUGUGAUGCAAAGCGGGCCUCAUAUAGAUUAUAAAUACACAUGGGCC